GCCAGGGGCUUCUGAGAGGCCCUUCCCACUAGCCCGCCCCGCUUUUCCGGCGCCGCCCGAAGCCCCAUUCUGAGACCCCCGGAAAGGGAAGAUCUCCGUUCGGGCCCGCGACCCAGCUGAUAGGGAUCGUGCCUCCUCGGGCCGAGGGGAUUUACGCCCCGCUCCGGGACAGGUGUGCGGGGCAAAGCGGCCUCGACCCUCAGCUGAAAUCCAUGAGGACCAGUCGUCCAGCAUGCUCUGCCCGCCCCCUGCCGAGGCGUGCUGACCAUGAGCCUCAACUCCUCCCUCGGCCACAGGAAGGAGCUGAGUAACCUCACCGAGGAGGACGGCGGCCAAGGGGGCGGCGGCGUCACCGAGUUCGUCGCCAUUGUCGUCAUCACCAUUUUCGUCUGCCUGGGCAACCUGGUGAUCGUGGUCACCUUGUACAGGAAGUCCUACCUCCUCACCCUCAGCAACAAGUUCGUCUUCAGCCUGACCCUGUCCAACUUCCUGCUGUCCGUGCUGGUGCUGCCUUUCGUGGCGACCAGCUCCAUUCGGAGGGAAUGGAUCUUCGGUGUGGUCUGGUGCAACUUCUCGGCCCUCCUCUACCUGCUCAUCAGCUCGGCCAGCAUGCUCACCCUCGGGGUCAUCGCCGUCGACCGCUACUACGCUGUCCUGUACCCCAUGGUGUACCCCAUGAAGAUCACAGGCAACCGAGCCGUGGUGGCGCUUGCCUACAUCUGGCUUCACUCCCUCAUCGGCUGCCUGCCACCUCUAUUUGGUUGGUCAUCGGUGGAGUUUGACGAGUUCAAGUGGAUGUGUGUGGCCGCGUGGCACCGGGAGCCUGGCUAUACCGCCUUCUGGCAGAUCUGGUGUGCCCUGUUCCCCUUCGUGGUCAUGCUGGUGUGCUAUGGCUUCAUCUUCCGCGUGGCCAGGGUCAAGGCACGCAAGGUGCACUGUGGCACCGUGGUCCUUGGGGAGGAGGACGCGCACAGGAGCGGGAGGAAGAACUCCAGCACCUCCACCUCUUCCUCGGGCAGUAGGAAGAACGCCUUUCAGGGCGUGGUCUAUUCGGCCAACCAGUGCAAAGCGCUCAUCACCAUCCUGGUGGUCCUUGGUGCCUUCAUGGUCACUUGGGGCCCCUACAUGGUCGUCAUCACCUCUGAGGCCCUCUGGGGGAAGAACUAUGUCUCCCCAACCCUGGAGACCUGGGCCACUUGGCUGUCCUUUACCAGUGCCAUCUGCCACCCCCUGAUCUACGGACUCUGGAACAAGACGGUUCGCAAGGAACUACUGGGCAUGUGCUUUGGGGAUCGGUAUUACCGGGAACCGUUUGUGCAGCGGCAGAGGACUUCCAGGCUCUUCAGCAUUUCCAACAGGAUCACAGACCUGGGCCUGUCCCCACACCUCACGGCACUCAUGGUAGGCGGGCAGCCCCUGGGGAACAGCAGCAGCACGGGGGACACCGGCUUCAGCUGCUCUCAGGACUCAGGAACAGAUGUCAUGCUGCUUGAAGACUUCACGUCGGAUGACCACCCUCCCUCCCACACUUGCCCACCCAAGAGGAGGAGCUCAGUGACGUUCGAAGAUGAAGUGGAACAAAUCAAAGAAGCUGCCAAGAACCCUGUUCUUCACGUGAAAGCCGAAGUGCACAAGUCCUUGGACAGUUACGCAGCCAGCUUGGCCAAAGCCAUAGAGGCUGAAGCCAAAGUCAACUUAUUUGGGGAGGAGGCGUUGCCUGGGGUCUUGCUUGCAGCACGGACUGUUCCCGGGGUUGGCUUUGGGAGCCGCCGAGGCAGCAGAACUCUCGCGAGUCAGAGGCUGCAGCUGCAGAGCAUCGAAGAGGGGAACGUUUUAGCCGCGGAGCAGACGUGAGGGCGGAUGCCCGUUACCAUCUGUGCCGGGGCCCGGGAGCAACACUGGUGUGCAGCCAUCAGAAAAAACACUGAAAACAGUGUCUGUAAGUGACUUCCGUGUCUCUGUGAGACCACACGUGGGCUUCCUUGAGGUCCCAGUGAUGGGACCAGAGGCAGCUAGAACACAAAGCAAAGCCGACGGACGUGUGGCUGAGACUUUGUGGGAGGUGGGCCGUAGAGGGGAACUAGAGACCACGGCUUAGAAGGAGACCCCGCGUGGGUCACUUCCUCCUCUGCACAACCUGUGCCCUGGGGCUCCAGCCACGCACUGUCCCGGAGGCCUCAGGAGGCUAGCCCUUCCCAGUGCCCUUCGGAGGAUGGCGCUUCUUCUGGGUGGUUGAUGUGGACCCUGCGAGGCUGUCCGUUUUACACUAAAUGGUCCCCAGAGGAGAGCCCAGGAGCCGAGCUCCCCAGAUCUAGGUGCUGCGCCCUGGGGUCCUGGUUAUGACCUUUUGCCUCUGGUGGCGCCACCUGCUGGUGCUAGUAGGGACAGCUCACGGGCCGCUGGGCCGACGCACCAGGCCUGGGGCUGCUGUGGCUGAGGACGGGGCCGCCUCCCUGGUGACUGAGUCUUUGCUAUUUCGUAAGAAGGGAGAAACCACUGUAAAAGACAGGAGGAAGGAGCAGAUACCAGAUGUUUCAUUUCUAGAAUUAAAAAAAAAAACAAAAAAAUCCAUUUGGUUAGGAUGGAACCACGAUGUUACUGAGCCUGAACGGGCCAUGGGGCCGAGCGCUGCUGGGAACUAGAGAUACUGUUAUCGUUGGAGGGAAUCCCCUUCACAUAGGAAGACCUCAUGGAAUAGACUCUGCUUGUGAUGUUUGAUGGACUGUUUCGAUUAGCUGGCCUCCAGGGAACACUCCCGUAGGCAGCAGCUACUGUUUCCCCCGCCCUGAGCAGUGUAAGACGAGACACACUUGAAGAAACGCUGGACCUGGCGUCAGCAACCUGCGUGCAGGCCCGGCUCUGCCGUACCUUCCUCAUGUCAUUGGGACUCCCUGUCACCUCUAGGCCAUCUGGAAAAUAAGGGAGUGAGGAGUUGGAUUGAAUGGUGGCCAGGAUCAUGUCUAACUCUGAUCUUUGAUGUUCUCUGAAUUUGUAAGUUAGAAAAAAAAAAAAAGUGACCCACGGACCAACAUGUGCACAGCUUUUGAGUGUGGCUUCUAAUGGGCAUGUGAAGCACUGCAAGCCCGGGUACGUGGGCUGAUCCGAUGUGUCUAGAGCACAGUUCUGACAGGAUGCCAGCCGGCAAGACACAUAAAUGGGGGCAGAGGGCACCUCCUCAGAGGCGGAAGUGGGCCACGCACUGUCACUUGUAUGUUAGGUCUCCCUCCCUUGGAGUUGGGGUGGCAGUGGAACGUGCGGGCUUGGAGCGGUGGCUGUGGUAGCGUGAACCACCUGGGCCUGCCCUUCAGCUUGGGUGAUUAGACCAGCCCAGUGCAGGCCUUUCCCCGCCUUCAGAACUCCUGGGGGUCAGCAGAGGGUACGUUCUGAGGAGAUCUACCUGCGUCUGCUAGGAGGCAGCCAUCCCAGAAAGGGAAUCACUUCUGUGGCGUUCCACUGGGGUCUAGCUAGCUCUCAGUGAGGCAGUGUCUCUUUGCUGUGUGGCAGAGACCCAGUGGUUGGCUGGUCCCCUGGUCUGCAAUUUACAGAAGACUUCCUG